AUGUCUUCUUCUUCGAACAUCUCGAGAACAAACAGCCAAAUCGAUAGAAUAGAACAGGGUGUAAAAUUACUAAAAGAGGAGCAAGCGAAACGAGAAGCUCAACUCCUGGAGCAACGGGAAAUUAAAUUCAGGAAAAUUUCCCGAGAAAAAUCCGACCCGGUUUUCUCCUUGCCCGGCCUCCGAUUCUACUACUUCACCCAUCGGAAGAUCAAAUUCGCCAUCUUCCCUUGUUAUUUGAGCGACGCGUUCAGCAGGCGACGCGAGUAUGUCUGCAGGUUGGUGUACAAGAGGAAAAUGGGCCGCUGGUGGGUGAGGACCAACGCUUUUCCGCUGCCCUGCCUCGGGAAAAUCAACGCCACGAUGUAUAAGAAAGUGGGCGACGAUGGGAUUGUCGAUGGCAUAAAAGAAAUUUACAGGAUCGCAGACGAUUGGAUUGCCAAGGAGGAGAAGCGGAUUUUAAAAAAAUACAAUGAUUUUGCGAAUAAUGAAAUAGAUGCGACGGAGUUGCGCUCUUCCGAAGAAGAGUUAUUUUUUGAUGAUGACUAAAUAAAAAAUGAAGAUGGUAUUAUUUAAUCAUGUAUAGUAUUACACGUAACUUUAUUACACUUCUAUUAUUUAUGUACAAAAUAUUUCGUCUAAUUCAUAUACAAUUAUAGAUAAA